AUGUCAUCAUCGUCAUCAUCUCCCGAGCCUUUUCUCAACUAUAUUGGGGUCGGCUUUCAGUCUCACUGGAUGCAGCCAAGUACCAGUGUUUUAAGGCACGCCUCCAUAGUGGCGGUAAGUCCCCUCUUUGAGGAGUGGCUCUUGAGGAGUCACGGCGCCCUCACGUACCUCACCGGACACGGUUGUUUCGGGAGGUACUUGCAUCGAAUCGGUCGUCAGGAGGCGUCCGGGUGUCACCACUGUGCGGACAGCCCCGAGGACACGGUUGACCACACAGUCCAGGAAUGCCCUGCGUGGGAAGGGCACCGCUGGGUCCUCGUCGAGGCUUUAGGCGACGGCGACCUCACGCGUCCGUCUCUGGUUCAGGCCAUGGUCCGGGGCGAGAGGGAAUGGGAUGCCGUCGCCUCCUUCUGCGUAGCAGUCAUACUCGAGAAGGAGGCGGCGGAACGUUAG